CGAACAGUGUGCGUUUACAUUGUGGAAUCAAGCUGAGGGAAAGAAACUCCACGUAUUUAUGGAUUCGUAAUGUACAUUCUGCGAGAAUGAUUUUGUGGUAAGACCAGUUUUCUGGUUUAAUCGAGCAGGAGCCGGAAUUUGGAAAAUAAUUCAGUGCGGAACAAUGGCGAACUGGGAUAUCAGCAACGCCUAUGUUUUCACAACGUUUGCUUUCUUGAUUCUGGUAUGUACACCCGAUCUGAUUUUCGGUCAAAUUCGCUAUUCUAUUCCCGAGGAAAUAAAUGAAGGAGCGGUUGUUGGGAAUAUCGCUCAAGAUUUGGGACUAAAUAUACAGCAAUUGUCCUCUCGUCGUUUUCGGCUGACGUCUGACGACGGAGAGCAGUACAUGAAGGUUAAUUUGGAUAAUGGUAUUUUGUCUAUUCGUAAAAGAAUUGACAGGGAGAACGUCUGUGGACAAACACCUACGUGUACUAUUCAUUUUAAAAUCAUAUUGGAAAAACCGUUGGCGGUGUAUCCCGGAGAAAUGGAGAUUCUCGAUGUGAAUGAUAACUCUCCCACUUUUCGGGAGAGCAACAUCGUCUUACAGAUAUCAGAAGCGAUUACACCAGGGGUACAGUUUCCUCUGGAGAGUGCGGAAGAUCCGGACAGCGGAAUAAACACAGUCGCUGCUUACACACUCAGUUCCAGCGAGUACUUUAGUAUAAAGACGCAAAGAACCGAGGACGAUAAUAUACUUGCCAAGUUGCUCUUGGACAAACCUUUGGACAGAGAGCGACAGACCUCCUUUCAGCUGGUCCUGACAGCGACUGAUGGUGGGACCCCUCAGAGAUCCGGCACAGCUCUGAUUCUUAUUACUGUACUGGACAACAAUGAUAAUCCUCCAGUAUUUGAUCAUGAAAUUUACAGGAGCAGCUUAAGAGAAAACACACCCGUUGGUACUUUGGUGAUAAAAGUCAAAGCUAAUGAUCUGGACGAAGGUGUGAAUGCUGAGCUAACAUAUUCCUUCAGCAAACUAACUUCACCAAGAAUUCGCGAAUUAUUUAGUAUAGAUCCCGACAUCGGGGAAAUUCGAACUGAAGGAGAAGUAGAUUUUGAAGAAGCAAACAGCUAUUCAAUCGAUGUUCAAGCUGUUGACCACGGAUCACCUGCUAUUACUGGACACUCCAACGUGUUGAUUAAAGUAAUUGAUGAAAACGACAACGCACCCGAGAUAAAAGUGACAUCAGGCACGAGCAACUUUCCGGAAAAUGCUCCACCGGGAACUUUAAUUACUUUGAUUAAUGUUAUCGAUCGUGAUUCUGGAGCAAACGGUGAUAUCUACUGCAAGAUAUCAAAGAAUAUCCCAUUUAAUCUUCAAACAUCGUCGAAGAAUCAUUAUGAGUUGAUUACCAGUGAACCUUUGGACCGCGAAUCUGUCCCUGAGUAUAAAAUAAAUGUUAUUGCCCUGGACAUGGGUUCGCCUUCACUCUCAAGUAAUAAAACCAUACACAUUGUACUUUCAGAUGUGAAUGAUAACGCACCACGGUUUGAGAAAACCUCAUACAACAUAUAUGUGAUGGAAAACAACGCUCCGGGUGUUUCUAUUUUCGCAGUAACUGCAUCCGAUCCUGACCUUGGCCAGAAUUCCUAUAUUUCGUACUCCAUCCUGGAGAAUCUUAUCCACGACUUUCCAAUCUCUAGCUAUGUGAAUAUUAACUCGAUGAACGGCAGCAUUUACGCGCUGGGCUCUUUUGACUACGAACAACUCAAAACCUUCCAAAUCUAUAUUCAAGCCCGUGACGCUGGAGUGCCCCCGCUGAGCAGCAGAACUACAGUGAAUGUGAUCAUCCUGGAUCAAAAUGACAACACACCCGUAAUUGUUUCACCUUCAGCAAAGAGUGGAUCAGCAUCAGUGGAGAUCCUGCCCCAGUCAGCUGGCCAAGGUUACUUGGUCACCAAGAUAAUGGCAACUGAUGCAGAUUCUGGUCAGAACGCGCGCCUACUUUAUCAGCUGGUGAAAUCUACUGAUCCCAGUUUGUUCAACGUUGGGCAGAGCACCGGUGAAAUCAGAACUGCUCGCAACAUUUUGAUGGCGGAUACCACCACGCAAACCCUCGUCAUCUUGGUGAAAGACAAUGGGCAGCCAAGCCUCUCCAGCACGGUUACAAUCCAAAUUACAAUUCUGGAGAACAUCACUGAAAGAAUCACUGAAAGCAAUAACUUCGUGUCGAGUCCGGAAAAUUUCUCUGAUCUGAAUCUUUACUUAAUCGUUAUUUUCGCUUGCACUUCCGUUCUAUUUCUUGUGACCAUCCUUCUGCUGAUUGGUAUCAAAUGCAAACAAGAGGGGAAUGUUACCCAACAGUAUAAUUCUCCAAGUUGUUUUUGCAGACGUGGAGAGUCUCGCGAUGAGUUUAAUCGGAGAUCUCAAAUGGAGGAAACCUUACGCUAUCCUGGGACUGGCCGUGUAGUCCGCGUGCCAGAAGCGCACCAAUACUCGGUCUGUCUGUCUCCAGACUCAUCAAAGAGCGAGUUUCUCUUUUUGAAGCCGUGCGCCGCUCCCACACCUCACCCCGAUGCAAAAUUAUAAUCAAGUGGUAAUCUCAAGGGUUGACCAGUUUACUUGCUGUCUUUUUUGUUCAUCCAGCAAUAUGAUUGGUUGCGACUGAAAGAUUUAAGGAAAUAUUCCACGUUUACGUGUUAUUAUUUUCUUGAUUCCUGGCGUAUGGUGUCGAAAAUGAAAGAACCAGUGACUUGAAUUCAACCAUGUGAAACUGACAUCUGGUCACUCUGAAGGAAACAAACAACUGGUCACCGUAUGACCUCCAUCUUUUCGUUGUCAUCGGGGCAAUCGGAUAAAGAAUUUGGCGCAUGGAUCAAGAUAUCAGACCUGAAAUAUAAUAUUGAAAAAUUGCGAUCAAAACAUUCCUUAUCACAUCGAAAGGUAUUCUGAAUGAAGUACUGAGAUUUUGUAGUCAUAAUGAAUCCUGUAUGGAGCAAUGUAACUGGUACGAAUUUUAAAGUGCAAUGAAUCAAACAAAGGCAGAGUUAUAAAGUUCAUUUUGUUGCAUUAUUUUAGGAAUGGUUUGUCCAGUCUUGUUUUAUGUACUUUAAGCAAUAUAUCAGAUUCAGGAAUAGGGU